AUGGCGCAGAGGGAGGCGAUGGAGCGGGAGAUCGCGGAGCGCAGCGGCCGGCUGACUGGCCCAGGCGGCCCCGGACUUCGAGGGAACCUCCUGGACGCCGAGGGCUACCCGCGGUCGGACAUUGACUUGCACGCCGUGGCCACCGACCGCAACAGGCUCGCGGCGCUGAUGAACGACCACAAGCAGCUGACGGCGCGCAUCGAGCGCCAGAUGCACCAGCUGCACGCCGAAGCUCGAGAGGGUGGGCUCCUGGUGGAGUCGGAGGCCAAAAGGCCAAGGUUAGAAGGGGCCUGCUUGCCUCCAUCAGGGGCUGGCAGCUUGGUGCCGUUCGCAAUCGUUGAUGAUGUGAGCGCAGACAGUCCGGCGAAGGCUGCUGGCAUCGAAGUCGGAGACCAACUCUGUGCCUUCGGGUCAGUGUCUGCAGAUGGAAACCGUGGAACUGUGCUUACAAGACUGGCCAAUGCACUGAAGGAGAAUGAAGGGAAGGAAGUGGCCACAGUGUUCCUGAGGAAGGGAGCUGUGAGGGAGAUGCUGCUGACACCGCAGCGCUGGGGAGGCCCUGGGCUGAUCGGGUGCCACCUGAGGCCGCUGAGUUGA